CAAAAAGGAAAACCUUUUGCUUAUAAGUAGAUAACUGUGUUUUCAAUUUGAAUAGACCAACAUCAACUAUCAAAUAUUGGAAAUGCACAUUAAAUGAAUUUUCAACAGAAAUUCAUGCAAACUUGAAUGAUCAUGUGUCAAUUCAAUUUAAUACAGGUUUAGAAGCAAGAUCACAAGAAUCCAAAAUAAUUCUCAUUCAACAUCGUAUUGAGACUCUUGGUGAACGAUAUUAUGACAAUAUUAUAAAUGCUAUGGCAUAUUUAGAUAGUUUAUCAUGUAUAGUUGCUUAA